AUGUUGCUCACCCACCAGGCGCUAUACUACCUUUUGUUGUCCAUGUCUGCAGCUGCAGAUAUCGAUCCCGGCUACAACAUCACCACAACCAUCCAGUCAAUGUUGCAACUGGCUAAAAAGUCCUGGGAAUACGGAACCAUAUCCGAAGCCUUUCUCGAACUCCACAAUCCGAGUCUUUCGGUGUUCAGUCCCACCGCGUUCCCCCACAACCUCAUCCCAUCCGUCUCUCAAUCCACCGGCGCUCUAGCCUACGCAAAACAGUAUAUACAUACCAACGCCCAGACAUUGUUUCCUGAUCCGACGGUCGGUGAUCCAGCGUCCCUGGGCGUGGCGUGUAUACUGCUAGGACAGACGGAUGAGGUUUAUUUGAGAGCUGCGGAGAGGCAGGCGGAAUAUAUACUUACUCAAGCGCCGAGGUGGGGAAACGGUGCAAUUUCGCAUCGGAGGGAAGAGAUGGAACUUUGGGCUGAUAAUGUGGCAAUGUCGAUGCCUUUUUUGGCUUAUCUAGCAGUUCAACAGAAGAACGUGACGUUGAUGGAAGAAAUGGUAACGCAAUGUAGAUUGUACCGAGCUGUGCUCCAGACUAGCGCGAGUCUAAACUGGCAGCAUAUCAUUGGUGUAGAGCCCAAAGAUCCUGGAUUCUGGUCGACCGGUAAUGGAUGGGCUUGCUUUGGGAUGGUGCGAGUAUUGCAUACGUUGCAGAACUGGCCUGGAUCAGCACUUAUGAGUUCCCAAGCUGAGGAGCUGAAGAGCUGGAUUCGAGAGAUAUUAGACGGUGCUACGCAGUCACCUUAUGUUGAUGGUUUACUGCCUAAUUACCUUCAUGAUACCAGCUCGUUUGGAGAGAUAUCUGGUACGGCAUUGCUCACCGCUUGUGCGUAUCGAAUGGCUGUCAAUGAUCCUGAGAUGUUUGGAGACAAGUAUGUUGACUGGGCUGAUCGGAAUCGGGCUGCGAUUUCUGGAAGACAGAGACCUGAUGGUGUUUUUACUCCAGCUGCCAAUCCAUAUAGUUGGAAGGAUACUGAGCCUUACUAUGAGGGUUCGCCCGAAGGUCAGGCUUUUGCGAUUUACCUGUAUACUGCUUAUAGAGAUUGUGUUAAUGCUGGGUUAUGCCAAUCGUCAACUUCAGCGGCGACUGCAAAGUCCGGUGGUGAUAUCGGAUCGAUUGAUAUUUCAAGUAUGCUCGAUAACGCUGUUAUCUACGCUGAAAUGGCGGGUCCAGAUCCAAACGGCAGCGGCAGCGGACCCGACCAGAGCAGUGAUGUGAAGGAGUGA